AUGAAUUUUCAGUGGGAACUCUGCGAACGCACUAAGAAGCCCGAGCUCACGACGCAAACCCCACUGAGUACAGAAGCCCAAACAGCGACACCAUCAACCACGAGUUCAACACAACGCACUAAGAAGCCCCAGCUCACGACGCAAACCCCAUUGAGUACACAAGCUUCAACAGCGACACCAUUAACCACGAGUUCAACACAUUGUACGAAGAAAACCACGCUUACUACGACUGGAUUCCCAAGUACCCAGAUGACAGUUAUGUCUGUUUUCCCUUUGAUAACAUUCCGAAUGGUUAUCACUUUACAGAAAACUAAACUAAACUUACUGAUCAUUGUCAAAUAA